GAGAAUCACCCACUAUAUAGUGCAAUGUGAAGUGGAUGUGGUUUAGCCCUUUCAAUUUGUCUCAACCUUUUCAGCUCCAAUAAUUGGAACCUCUGGUUGUCUCUCUCACCUAAAACCUCCUGCAAAAACCUAAAUUUUCUUCCAUUCUCGAUAGAAAAAAAUGGCGUCUCUCACCCUCAGAUCCCUCUCCGUAAGCCGUUUGUUAACAUUUUCUCGAGUACCCACCUCACAUUUUCUUCCAAAAACUCAGCUUUCCUACGCUCCUAGUCAGACAAUUGGGUUUAGGCACAUUACUUCUCCCUUUGCUGCUGCUUCUUACUCAAAUCAUCUCAAUUCUACUCAUUCAACUAAGCUUACAGACUCCAGACUUUCUACAUUCGGAUGGAACCACAAUUUUAGUCGCUAUUUUGUUUCCGCUGUUCCUAACUCUGCUGCUGGUGGUGGUGGUGGUUCUGGUGACCAGGGGAACUCUGGUGGCAGUGGCGGUGGCGGCAGCGGCAGCAGUGGCGGUUCUGGCGAUAGUAAUUGGUCUUUUCUUUCAUGGUAUAUGUCUCUGCUUACUAAGCAUCCUGUGCUGACAAAAGCUCUGACAGCUGCCGUUUUGACUCUGAUUGGGGAUGUGGUCUGCCAGCUUGCGAUUGAUGAAGUGGAAUCUCUAGACAUCAAAAGGAUGUUUCUGUUCACAUUUUUGGGAUUGGCACUAGUGGGUCCCACACUGCAUUUUUGGUAUCUAUACUUGAGUAAAGUGGUAACACUGCAAGGAGCAUCUGGUGCAACCGUGCGCCUUCUACUUGAUCAGUUUCUUUUUUCUCCUAUAUUCAUUGGAGUUUUCCUAGCUGCUUUGGUUACACUAGAAGGCCGGCCUGAGCAAGUGAUACCCAAACUUCAACAGGAGUGGGUUUCUGUUGUUAUUGCAAAUUGGCAACUGUGGAUACCAUUUCAAUUCCUAAACUUCCGAUUUGUCCCACAGCAGUUUCAGGUUCUUGCUGCUAAUGCCAUUGCUUUAGUAUGGAAUACGAUUCUCUCAUUCAAAGCACACAAAGAGAUUCUCCCAAAAUAGUUAGCUUUUAAUUUUUGCAGGUCAAUGUUAUAUCAUGCAGAUUCCACCCCUGAUAGUUGCAUUUCCUGAUCAAGAAGCUCUCUGUUUCAACCAAAGCCUUUGCCACCAGUAACCAUUGGAGCUGCUAAAGUAGAGUUUACUCCUUGGUUAAUUGUUGGAAUGGGUAACCCAGGGAAUAAGAAUUAUGGCACUAGGCAUAAUUUAAAUGAUUGUUGUAUGGCCUGUAUUCUGUGAUUUUGAAAUGAUUGAUAAAACUGCUCAAGCAAAGCUAGUUGGAUAUUCUUUAUUAA